AGAAUUGGUGGUUGCAGGAUUUUAUUCAGAAUGACUUUGGGGCGAGAAGUGAUGUCUCCUCUUCAGGCGAUGUCUUCCAGCACUGCAGCUGGCAGGAAUGUUUUAAGAUGGGAUCUUUCACCAGAACAAAUUAAAACAAGAACCGAGGAGCUCAUUGUGCAGACCAAACAGGUGUAUGAUGCUAUUGGAAUGCUUGACCUUGAGGAAGUAACUUAUGAGAACUGUUUGCAGGCACUGGCCGAUGUAGAGGUGAAGUACAUAGUGGAACGAACCAUGCUAGACUUUCCCCAGCACGUCUCCUCUGACAAAGAAGUACGAGCAGCAAGCACAGAAGCGGACAAAAGACUUUCUCGCUUUGAUAUCGAGAUGAGCAUGAGAGAAGAUAUAUUUCGGAGAAUUGUUCAUUUACAGGAAACCUGUGAUCUGGGGAAGAUAAAGCCGGAAGCCAGGAGGUACUUGGAAAAGUCAGUUAAAAUGGGGAAAAGAAAUGGGCUCCAUCUUCCAGAACAAGUCCAAAAUGAAAUCAAAGCAAUGAAGAAAAGAAUGAGUGAGCUGUGCAUUGACUUCAACAAAAACCUCAAUGAGGAUGAUACCUUCCUUAUAUUUUCCAAGGCUGAACUUGGUGCUCUUCCUGAUGAUUUCAUUGAUAGUUUAGAAAAGACAGAUGAUGACAAGUACAAAAUUACCUUAAAAUAUCCACACUAUUUUCCUGUCAUGAAGAAAUGUUGUAUCCCAGAAACCAGAAGGAAGAUGGAAAUGGCUUUUAAUACAAGGUGCAAAGAGGAAAACACCAAAAUUCUACAGCAGCUACUCCCACUGCGGGCCAAAGUCGCCAAGCUACUCGGCUAUAGCACACAUGCUGACUUUGUCCUUGAAAUGAACACUGCGAAGAGCACAAGCCGUGUAACAGCCUUCCUAGAUGAUUUAAGCCAGAAAUUAGAACCUUUGGGUGAGGCAGAACGAGAGUUUAUUUUGAAUUUGAAGAAAAAGGAAUGUGAGGAGAGAGGUUUUGAAUAUGAUGGGAAAAUCAAUGCCUGGGAUCUGCAUUACUACAUGACUCAAACAGAAGAACUCAAGUACUCCAUAGACCAAGAGAUCCUCAAGGAAUACUUCCCAAUUGAGGUGGUCACCGAAGGCUUGCUCAAUAUAUACCAGGAGUUGUUGGGACUCUCAUUCGAGCAAGUGGCAGGUGCUCAUGUGUGGAAUAAAAACGUUACACUCUACACUGUGAAGGACAAAGCCACAGGAGAAGUAUUGGGACAGUUCUACUUGGACCUCUAUCCAAGGGAAGGGAAGUACAACCAUGCGGCGUGCUUUGGUCUCCAGCCUGGCUGCCUCCUCCCCGACGGGAGCCGCAUGAUGUCGGUGGCAGCCCUUGUGGUGAACUUCUCACAGCCCCUCGCAGGUCGUCCCUCCCUCCUGAGGCACGAUGAGGUGAGGACUUACUUCCAUGAAUUCGGUCAUGUCAUGCAUCAGAUUUGUGCCCAGACUGAUUUUGCACGGUUUAGUGGAACAAAUGUGGAAACUGACUUUGUAGAAGUCCCAUCACAAAUGCUUGAAAAUUGGGUGUGGGACAUUGAUUCCCUCCGGAGACUGUCAAAGCAUUAUCAAGAUGGGAGACCUAUUAUGGAUGAUCUGCUUGAAAAUCUUGUUGCUUCUAGACUGGUCAACACAGGUCUUCUGACCCUGCGCCAGAUUGUUUUGAGCAAAGUUGAUCAGUCUCUCCACACCAACACAUCGCUGGAUGCUGCAAGUGAAUACGCCAAAUGCUGCACAGAAAUUUUAGGUGUUGCGGCCACUCCAGGCACAAACAUGCCAGCUACUUUUGGACAUUUAGCAGGGGGAUAUGAUGGCCAAUAUUAUGGAUAUCUUUGGAGUGAAGUAUUUUCCAUGGAUAUGUUUUACAGCUGUUUUAAAAAAGAAGGAAUAAUGAACCCAGAGGUUGGAAUGAAAUACAGAAACCUAAUCCUGAAACCCGGGGGAUCUCUGGACGGCAUGGACAUGCUCCAGAAUUUCUUGAAACGUGAGCCAAACCAAAAAGCGUUCCUAAUGAGCAAAGGCCUGCACGCUCCGUGAACUGGGCUCUCUGGUAGCAGUCCAUGUCUGGAGGACAAGUCAACAUCGCCUUGUGUGCUACUGGCCUGGAAACUGAAGGGAGUUUUGCAAAUGAAAAUGUAGAUUUCUAUUGACUGCCUUUUGUUCCUUCAUUUGAAGAAUUACACAGAUGUAAAUGGAAUUAUAAAUACGGUGACCUACGAAAAGACCCAUUCAAAAACAAUUGUACUAUAAAAUUUCAUAAAAAUAGAUUUGAUUUCUUUUUUUAUAAAAGUUUCAUAUGAAUGUAAUUUGAUUUUUUUUACUCUUGUAAUCUAAAUAAUACAAUGUAAGAGGGCUCAGAAUUCUUAAAUUGAAUCACAUACAUUUUAUAAUUUGAUCCUACUUAUGUCUUGCAGCUCUUUACUUGGGAUUUCUGGACAUAAGUGAAUCACCACAUUCCUCUGGUGAACAUUUUCUUGGAGCCCCCCAUCCACUUUGACUCUUUGUCUCACAGUCAAGUGUGACCUCUUUGCCUACAUACCUCAGGGCCAGGGGAACAUGCCUCAGUAAUGCAUUUAUCUCUGUAUUUCAGGCCUCGUGAUCCCAACUUUCUGCCACACUUAAAUUGUGUUCCUCUAUUUGGGUUUGUCUUUUCUGUCCAAAGCCCAGUCAGAAAAUACCGAACAGUUAUGAACUCUAGCCUGGUGUAGAUUGCAAAUUUUUGUACCUUGUUUAGAGGAUCUGGGGAGCUGGUAUUAGAGUUCAUUUUCACGUCGGGGUACAAGAUUGUCAGUCUUUUGGCUCCAUAGCCAGUGAAAACACUGAAGCAAGGAAACGUUCCCCGUAUCACGUUUCUAGUAAGUGGUGGGGCCUCUGCCUCAUUUACUGCCCACCUCACCCAAAGUGGCUGGUCCACCUGCCCCAAGUGGCUCUUUAGAGAUAGAAGCUGACGCAGGAGAGGACCGCAGUAGAGUGGCUUCCGGACAGAGCGUCUUCGAGCAGCUCUCCCAGGUGGCAGGUGUGUGCUUACACUCAGCCACUUACUGAGGAAGGGGCCUCUUCAGGAGUCUGUUUUCAGAGACUCUUGGGAUCUCUUUCAGCAAAAUGGGGGCCUGAAUUCCAGUUCUGUAGCAGACCAGUAAACUCACAGAGCUUAUUUUUCCUCUAGGAGUCUACUCAAUAAGAAAAACACAACAGGGUAAUAAAACUUUUUAAAGGAAAAAAGCAAACUUUGAGUGUACACUACCUAAAUCUUCCAGGUGCUCCCACUGUGUGCCUGAGGUCUGACUUCACUGGCCAGCCACAAAAUUAGAACCUUUUUAUUGUCUAGUCAAAAUGGACUUUGUGCUAAGUAAAAAAUAUAUAUAUAUUAUGCUGCAUAAUAAAAUUAUAGACAGCAGAAGAAGUCGACAGCUUUAGAGACACAGAAGAAAACCCCGAGGUUAUGGGUGCCAAGCAAAUACCUUAAACAUCCACAUGAAAUCCUACCCUCCCUUUGGAGACAAUUGCCUGGCCCUUUUCACUCCCCACUCAGUCAAUGUCACCACCUCUCGUCCCCAAAGCUGUUUUUUAUGUUCUUAGCAACCUGUGGUACUUUUCUAUAUAUUUUCCCCAGACUGUUCUGUUUCCCAGUUUCAGACAAAAACUCUCUUCAGCUUUUUCUAUUGCCCAGUGUUUCUCCUUAACAAUAACUUUAUCAUAACUCUUAACUUACUUCACGUGGAAAAACUAAUACUUGGUGUGAAAAAAGCUGCACACAAUAAAGUUGCAUUUAUUACCCACGA